UUGACAUCUGCCAAAUGAACCACAUGAAUUUAUUACAGUUAGUAAUUUUUCUUGGGAAAAGUAAUAAUUUUUCUGAGUGCGCAUUUCUUUUCAAUUUCACUUUUCCAAAAACUGAUUUCUUAAAAAUGUCCCUGAAGUUGUCGAGUAUUGGCAGACGGUUGGCGCUAGUUUCCGGAAAACAAUCGACAGGAAUUCACAAGUGCAUUCGCAAAUUGUUUGGAUAAUUAAUAAUCCAAUCUGACUCCUGAGAUCCAAAUAAAAGUGAAAUCCUCGCCCAAUGAUUCCUGGAAUCAAUCAGUCCAACAAUUUUCUCAUUUCCCACUCGCAGAGCCUCACAUCAACCAAAGACAUUAUUAAGGAUGGACACAGGAAUAGAAAUGAUGAUAGAGACUCGAGGGAUACCCAUGACGAUGUGCAACGUGCCAUUGAUGGCUUGAAAGAUAUUCCUGACGACGAGCUCCAGGAGUUCCUCGACGACGAGGACUUCAACAUCGUGGACACCUGGGAGGGGGACGAGGAACAUCCAGAAGAUAGCGGAGGUCAUCGCAGUCUCAGGCUCAGGAGACACUCUAGGGAUCGAAGUAGACGUGAACGUCGACGAGAAUCAGGACCGAGGGAUCGGUUGGAUCGUGGAAGAAGAGAGGACAGACGUCGCGAGGACUCAAGACGUGAUCCCUCCAAGAGUUCGAAGGACAUCGAGCGAGACAAGAUGCGAACAAAACGGGACACUGACAGUAAAAUCCUCGCUGAGAAGGAGAAGGCCAUCAAACAUCUCUUGGACUCUGACACUGUUGUGCCCCCAGGUACCGAGGUGGAGGCGAUAGAGACGGAGCGUCUGAUGGAUCGGGGAACCAAGAGGAGCCGAGAGCGUCGCAGGACACCAGAUAAAUCGAGAAACAGUCCACCCCGACGAAGGAGUCGUUCCAGAAACAGAGGCAGUCCACCAGUUCAUCGUGAAAGAAGUCCCAAUCGAUGGAGAAGUCCAGAGCGUCGAAGAAGACCCAGCUGGGAGCGCAAGAGCCCCAUCGAUCGUCGGGAGAGACGAGGUGGCAGUGGUGACAGAAUCAAACGACGAGCGGAGGGAGGACGUGACCUAAGGACAGUCCUCCGACGAAGUAGAUCGCGUGAUCGUCACAGGAGUCGUAGCCCAGAUCGUAAACGCAGAUUGACUCGUUCACCAGGACGUCGAAGCUCUCCACGCCGUCGGAGCUACAGUAAAUCCCCAGAUCGGAGGAGAAAGCGUUCGCCAUUCAUCAAUGAAAUAGCCAGGCAGUUCAGGGAUGAGGCACUCAUGUCCACGACUUCUUCAGUUGAUCAGUUCAUUGGACGUCCAGGACUACUUCCAACUCCUGUCCACCCAGUAGUACCACCCAAUCAUCAUUAUCUACCGAUGAUGGAUCCUGUUGUUUCCAUGGGACUUAUUCCCCAAGCUCCAGCUGCAUUCAUGGGGUUCGAACCUCCUGCACCUCCAUCUAUUAAUUUUGAACCAGUGGCCAUGCAUUCACUCCCUCACGAGUACAAUGCACCACCUGUCAUGUAUAAUCAAGGAGCUCCUGUACCCCAAGAUCGAUUUGGACUUCUGCCUGUGCCAUCGCCCCAGCCAGUCCCUGCUCCAGCCAAUGAAUCAUCUAGGUACAGUCAGGUAUCUGCAUCCAGGAGAUCAUCGUCACCAGUGAGGAAUGAAUUUUCUGAUGGACACUACGAUCGUGAGAGGGACAGACGAGGUGCCUCUUCUCGCAACGGUGGACUCGUCAGAGCUGACAGAUUGAAAACACCUGAACCUCCAGUUAUCUCGAAAUCCAAACCCUUUGAAAAAACCAGCUUGUCCAGUCUGUUAGAAGCGUCUGUCUCGGCCAAAGAUUCGGGAUAUCCAGUUUUAUAUCCAGGAUUCAAGCCGGAAAUUCUACGAAACUGUGAAAUGGCCCUCCGUAGUUUACCAGAAGAGGAUCCCCGGCUGAAGAUGUCGGGUAGAUUCUUCUACGAUCCAGCAGUGGAGGAGCCAAAAGUGAUCAAGAAAGAGAUGACGUCCAACUCCCUUCUGGUCCAGAGAACAAAGAGCAAGAUAAUCUGGGACAACGAAGAGGAGGAGAAGGAGCGACUCCCACCGAAGCCUGACAUGUUCCAGAAGUACACGCAGACAGAAAACGUUGUGGAGGACAAAGGAACGCAGACAAACAACGAUACGAUGGAGUUUGGUACUCAAGUAUGUCCCAGAGAUCUGCAGCCAUCCCCUGUCCCCGAGAAACGACCAAUAAUGGAUCGUUUGGAUUGGAAUGUUCGUGAUAACUACGAUUUUGUUCCCACGAAUCGUGACGCUGGAGAUCUCCGAUGGAGUUUGAGCAAUUCGAGAUCGUGGAAUAGAACAUCACCGAUUCAGGAACAUGAGACGAGGGCACGCAGCCCAGAACGCAUCCACGAGGGUCGAGACUCCAGGGCUUUUGAUUUGUCACCCAUACGAUCGAGGGAUUUUCCCCAUCAGUCGAGCAGAGCCUUUAGCUCCAGGGAGAGGGACAGGAGGCUAUCUCCGCCAUUCAAGAGGAGUAUGGAGGGUCCGGAUGAUUACGACCUCAGGGAUGAUCGCAGUCCUGGAGACAGCCCUUCGGUUAUGGAUGAGACUGAUGAAAUCGAAAUACUCGAGGAGUCAUUCUCCAGGGACAACAGCUGGCGAGGACGAGGAAAACCCUUCAGGAGUUCCAGGGGCAAGUUCUCCACGGGGGGGAGAUCUUUCAGGGGACGUGGCAGUGGAUUUCGAGGAAAGUUCUAGAGGACGAGGUCAUCACUUGAGAAUGUACAUCGCAAAGACAGACGCUGACGGAUUCCUGCAUCAUAUCAAGGGGAUUAAGUAGUUUUUUUGAAGACUCAAUAUUUUUUUCUUGUGGAGUUAAUCAUCGGUGGAGAGUUUUUCAUGAAAAGUGACUAUGAGUUUUUAAUUAUUUUUCACCUGACGUAGAGUUAUUCUAAGGUGAAGGUAAUUACUCAGGAUUUUCUUUGCAUUGACAGUGUUUAUAUCAUUGAGUUUUUCGACUGGUAAAUUAUGAAACUUCGUCGUUAAACAAUUUUUCUUUUAAUCUUUCGGUUUUUCGUUACGUCGGUGGCUGGAAAAUGGAAAAACUUCAAUUGCUGUUUCUGUUAUCCACGUGCAUACGAUAACGGAAAACAAUUUAUGCUAUCGCUGAGAACUUUGACGCAUUAUUGACGUCACAAGUUUUUCGUAGAAGCUGACAUUAGUGGAAUGGUAUUUUUUUUUUAAUUUCAAGUUUGCACUUUGCUACGAUGCAUUCGAUCGGUAUUGCGUGUCGAUGCGCAAUGGAUUGUUUUAUUUUUGUUUUUUGGUUUUUGGAAAAUCCCGUUCGGAUUAUGGAAUCUUGAGAUGUCCAUAUCGGUCUGCGAUUUUUUUUUCCAUUUUGAUAAUUGAUGAUUGUUUGUUAAUAAGGUCAUGACGAGCGUUGACUGCGGUAGGUACUCAAACGCUGCCCUUUUCCGGUAUAUAGAUGUUCCAGCAAGUGCUGCGGCCUUGGGGAUUCUUCUUGAAACACUCGUGUUUACCAGUUGAUCAUGCAAUUUUCCUCUUCGUUAGGACACCAAAACCAAUCAAGGAGUUACUGUGAACCUAGUAAAUACUAUUUUCACUCAUAGAACUUAAUGACAUGUACAAAAUUGGAGAAACAAAUAAAAUUAAGAGAUCAGAUUA